AUGGCACCCGGCGAGUCGAAGGAUGAGCGGGACGAACGAGUUGCCCGGCUCUGGGAGACCCUUGAUGCGCGUAAGGAGGGUCAUAUCGACUUGAACGGGUUGAAGAAAGGACUGAAGAAGAUCGACCACCCUCUCAAAAACGCAGAUGGUAUGCUGCACAGUAUCUUGCGUGAGGUCGACACGAAUGGAGACGGCGAGAUAGAUCAUGCAGAGUUCCAGGAAUUUAUCGACCAUACCGAGUCUGGGCUAUGGCGGAUGUUCCAGUCCAUCGAUCACAACAAAAACGGCGAAAUAGACAAGAACGAGCUGCGGAACGCGUUUGCACAAUCGGGGGUCACCGUAUCGAAUUCGAAGUUGGAUCAGUUCUUUGCCGAGGUCGACAAAAACCACGACGGCGUCAUAUCGUACACAGAAUGGAGGUUCGGCUUAUCUACCCCUCGCACCACUUUACCAGACAGACGGCCACAGGACUUUCUCCUCUUCCUCCCGCUUCGAUCCUCAACCGAUCUCACCGCAGUCUUAUCAUACUACACGGCCACGGGCAAUCUAAACCCGGAAGGAGAUGUCCACAUCAAUGAUCUACAGGGUUUAGGUACAGAGUCUCCGUUUCUUAACCGUUCUCUUCUGGCCAUCCAGUGCCUUUUGUACAAUAUUCUCUCUUUGCACGCCCUCGCCUGCCUCCUCCCAUCAGCCUCCGCGCAAACUAGCCCGCCCUCUGACUCGACCACCGCCAUGGACGGUGAUGUCGAGCUGGAGAAUCUUCCCAUUUCCAAACUCGUCGCAUUGCGGAUGUCUCUGCGGAAUUAUGAACGGAAGUUGACCGAGAAUACCCCUCAACUAGGCUAUUUCGCUGCAGGCGGUAUCGCAGGCGUCGUUUCCAGGACGAUAACUGCCCCUCUUGAUCGUCUGAAAGUGUAUCUCAUCGCCCAGACAGGUGUCAAAAACUCGGCGGUUCGCGCGGCCAAAGAGGGCGCCCCACUUGCUGCGGCGGGAGAUGCCUCCAAAACAUUAUUCGAUGCUCUCAGAGAGCUUUGGCGGGCUGGCGGUAUGCGGAGUUUGUUUGCUGGAAACGGAUUGAAUGUUGUGAAGGUCAUGCCUGAAUCUGCGAUCAAAUUCGGAGCAUACGAGUCGGCCAAACGGUUUUUUGCCCGCAUGGAAGGGCAUAACGACACAAAACGGCUUCUUCCAACUUCCCAGUUCUUGUCAGGUGGUAUCGGUGGAAUGGUCGCCCAAUGUUUCGUGUAUCCUCUCGACACAUUGAAAUUUCGCAUGCAAUGCUCGACCGUCGAAGGCGGAUUGCGGGGCAACAAGCUUAUUGCAGCCACAGCUCGCAAAGUAUGGAAUGCAAACGGCCUGUUCGGCUUUUUCCGUGGUCUGCCACUCGGCCUAAUGGGCAUGUUUCCGUAUGCUGCGAUCGAUUUGACCACAUUUGAGUACUUGAAGCGUGCUCUUCUCGCUCGCCAGGCUCGCAUAAAGCAGUGCCAUGAAGACGAUAUCCCACUCAACAACUUUGUCACCGGUGCUAUCGGUGCCCUGAGUGGCGGCCUGAGUGCCUCGGUGGUCUACCCACUCAAUGUCAUGCGAACUCGUCUUCAGGCACAGGGAACCGUUUUGCAUCCAUCAACAUACGCCAGCAUCGGUGAUGUGGCUCGUAAAACUCUUGAAACAGAAGGCCCCCGUGGUUUUUACAAGGGACUCACUCCCAAUCUCUUGAAAGUGGCGCCCGCCGUUUCAAUCAGUUACGUGGUCUACGAGAACUCAAAACGAUUCCUCGGCCUAAAGUGA